UCUCUUUCUUUUACAUUUAUAUAUGGGGCAAUCAUAAAAGGCCCAACCCUUACUAUUUUUCUGUACCAUAUUCACAUUCUUUUCUGGACCUCUAAUCAUGGAGGAUCAAAUUAUCAUAGAAAGUGUAGGUCAAGAAAACUUCCCUUCAUCCUCCACCACCACCACCUCCUCCUCCUCCUCCACCACCUCCAGUGUAACACUAUGCGAUCAAAGCACAAAGAGAACAAAAAAGGGUAAGGUCCAAAAAGGCUGCAAAAAGGUUCCAGGACAAAAUUCCGGCAAUGAGACCAACAAGCGGAGGGGGAAUGGGCGCGAUGACGGUGGAAACCACCCGACUUACCGGGGAGUAAGAAUGCGUACUUGGGGCAAAUGGGUGUCGGAAAUUCGUGAACCGAAGAAGAAAUCAAGAAUAUGGCUCGGAACAUACCCUACUGCUGAAAUGGCAGCUAGAGCACAUGAUGUAGCAGCUUUGGCCAUCAAGGGUCACUCAGCUUAUCUCAAUUUUCCUCAACGGGCUCAUGAACUUCCCCGGCCGGCCACAGCCGCCGCCAAGGACAUCCAAGCCGCCGCCGCCAAGGCAGCAACGGUGACCUUUUCCGAUCUUCCCAACUAUCAUUUGUCAACCAAUUUGGCCAUGGAGAACAGGGAAGAAUCGUCGAAUUUUCCGGUGACCGGUGAUGAUGAUACAGUUUUUGACCUACCAGAUCUUUCCAUGGACAGCACUGAUCGGAAUGAUGGGUAUUGUUAUUAUGCUUCGACAUGGCAACUGGCUGGAGCUGAGAUAGGUUUCAGGCUUGAGGAGCCAUUUUUAUGGGAGGAGUACUAGUGAAGCCAUAAGCCAGCAGUAACUGACUUGAGAUUACAUCAUUUACGGUGAAAGUUGUUACGAUGGAACCUUCUUAUAAUCAACUUUGAAGUUGGUUUUUUACCAACUUUGGUUCAAUUUAGAUUUGCAGCUUGAAAAGUGAGCGGUUGUUUUACGUUCUUUCUUUCUUUUUCUUUUUUUUUUCAACAGUGGGGGCUAUCCGGACCAAUUUAUGCACAUUUUGACUAAUCAUCUUUUUGGUCCAAAGACAGACCAUUCGCGCCGAGGCUACUAUAUUAAUAAAAGAUAAAUCUCUCAUGAUUU